AAAACAAAUUGACCAUACCCGCCUCCUACUUUCUCUCACACGCCCACAAACUCAAAUCAAACCACAUCAUUCAUAUUCAUAUUCAUCUGCCAUGCUCAUCUCCUCAAUCAAUAGCAGCACUUAAUCCCACCAAUCUGAAUCUCAUAAUUUGCAGGUGUGACAGUUGUUCUGUAUCUUUAAUUCGGAGUAAUGGCAGACGGUCACUCGUUCAAUAAUAUAUCGCUUGGAGGUCGCGGUGGUACGAAUCCAGGUCAGCUAAAAGUUCAUUCAGGCGGUGUGUUGUGGAAGAAACAAGGUGGUGGUAAGGCGGUUGAACUGGAUAAGUCGGAUAUUUCGGGACUUACAUGGAUGAAAGUUCCUAGAAGUAAUCAACUUGCUGUCAGAACUAAGGAUGGUCUUAAGUAUAAGUUCACCGGUUUCCGUGACCAGGAUGUCAUUAGCCUGACCAACUUUUUCCAAAACACUUGUGGGUUAACAACAGAAGAAAAACAGCUUUCUGUUAGUGGGAAAAACUGGGGAGAAGUGGAUUUAAACGGCAAUAUGCUGUCUUUUAACGUUGGUCAGAAACAAGCGUUUGAAAUCUCGUUAGCUGAUGUGUCGCAAACACAGCUUCAAGGAAAGACUGAUGUCAUACUGGAAUUCCACGUGGAUGACACAACCGGUGCAAAUGAGAAAGAUUCAUUGAUGGAGAUAAGCUUCCACAUACCCACUAACAACACACAGUUUGUUGGUGAUGAAAACCGUCCACCUGCACAGGUCUUCCGUGAGAAAAUAAUGUCAAUGGCAGAUGUUGGCGCUGGAGGUGAAGAGGCCGUUGUCACGUUUGAGGGCAUUGCUAUUCUCACUCCAAGGGGUCGUUACAAUGUUGAACUUCAUCUAUCCUUUUUGAGGCUGCAAGGGCAAGCCAACGACUUCAAAAUCCAGUUCAGCAGUGUAGUUCGCGUGUUUGUACUACCCAAGUCAAAUCAACCACAUACAUUUGUUGUUGUUACCCUCGAUCCACCUAUCCGUAAAGGUCAAACAAUGUAUCCGCAUAUAGUGUUGCAGUUUGAAACAGAUUAUGUGGUGGAAAGCACCUUGACGAUGAAUGAAGAUCUUUUCGCUACUAAAUACAAGGACAAGUUAGAACCAACUUAUAAGGGACUGAUUCAUGAAGUAUUUACGAUGGUAUUGAGAGGCUUAUCAGGCACAAAACUCACAAGACCCGGAAAAUUCCGUAGUUGUCAAGAUGGUUACGCUGUGAAGUCAUCCUUAAAAGCCGAAGAUGGCGUUCUUUAUCCACUUGAAAAGAGCUUUUUCUUCUUACCAAAACCACCUACUCUUAUUCUAUACGAUGAGAUUGAUUACGUGGAAUUUGAAAGACAUGCUGCGGGAGGAUCAAACAUGCAUUACUUUGAUCUUCUUAUUAGACUGAAGACAGAGCAAGAACAUCUUUUCCGGAACAUUCAGAGAAACGAAUAUCAUAAUCUCUUUGAGUUUGUCAAUUCAAAGGGUCUUAAAAUUAUGAAUCUGGGUGGAGCUAAAACAACAGACGGUGUUGCAGCGGUGCUACAAGAUGAAGAUGAUGAUAAUGUUGACCCGCAUCUUGAACGAAUAAAGAAUGAAGCUGGUGGUGAUGAUAGUGACGAAGAGGACGAGGAUUUUGUUGCUGACAAGGAUGAUGGAGGGUCACCUACUGAUGAUUCAGGGGGAGAUGAUUCUGAUGGUAGUUUGAGUGAAGGCGACAAGGAGAAACCUGUGAAGAAGGAACCAAAGAAAGAACCUACUACUUCUAAGCCUGCUUCAAGUAAGAAGAGAACCAAAAGCGGUGAAGAUGACGCGUCGAAGAAGAGAAAGCCCAAGAAGAAAAAAGAUCCGAAUGCACCCAAGAGAGCUAUGAGUGGUUUUAUGUUUUUCUCACAACUUGAAAGAGAGAAUGUGAAGAAGGACAACCCUGGUAUUGCAUUUCAAGAAAUCGGGAGGGUUCUUGGUGAACGAUGGAACAAGCUAUCAGCUGAAGAGAAGGAACCAUAUGAAGCCAAGGCUAAGGUUGACAAGAAGCGAUACCAAGACGAAAUCAGUGGCUACAAACCGAAACCCUCAAAUUCUGGCCACGCAUCUGACUCUCCCUAGAUGCGUAACGUCUCUUUAACUGUUUCCGUUUUUUAUUUUUUUUCCAUUUUGUAAUAAAAAAACAUCUUAAGAAAAGAAAACCACAGCCCAAAAUCUAGGCAACAAAAUUCCAUCAAUCAAAACUCGACAAUCGGGUCUAAGUUGACUGGACAACUCGGUUGUGAGUUGACUCAACAACCAAUUUUGAAAGAAGUAUGAUAUUUGAGUCUAUAAA